UUUAUGUACUUGUUAUAUUGAUUGUACUUCUUAAAAACAUUUUAGAAUCACAUUUAUAUGAACGAAGAAGAUCCUCUUCUAUUUAAAUGAAAGAGACUCAAAAUAAGUACACUUGGAGAACAACAAUAUCCUUUUAAAAAUGUGAUUAUGUGUCAACACUUGCUUGAAAUCUAAAGAAACAUAUUGUGAGUAAACAGUAAAAUAUAGCUGUUUAAAUGCAUAUAUUCAGAUGCUACUACUACUGCAACAGACCUUAAAAACAUAUUGAAAGUAUACAUAAAGAUUUAAAAUAUCCCUUAAGGCUUGUGAUUACUCUGCCACACUUGCAAGUAAUCUAAAGAAACAUAUUGAAAGUAAACAUGAAUUGUGAGAUAUCCUUGUGACCAGUGUGACUACGCUGCUUCAACAAAAGUUAGUCUUAAAAUACAUAUUAAAUACAGACAUGAAGGAUUGACAUUUUCUCUGUGACCAGUGUGAACAUUCUGCCAGUAGUGUAAGUAAUCUAAAGACGCAUAUGAAAAGUAAACAGAAAGGGUGGACAUAUCCCUGUAACAAGUGUGACUACACUGCAAAUACAGCAAGCAGUCGAAAGACAUGUGUUGAAACUUUGAAAGUAAACAUGAAGCAGUAAAAUAUCCGUGUAAUCAGUGUGAAUAUGCUGCCACUACAGCAGGUUGUCUAAAGAGGCACAUUGUAGAUAUACAUGAAGAAGGCAGCUAUCCUUGUCUCCAGUGUGAAUACUUUGCCACUAGAAUUAAAAAUCUUAAGAAGCAUGUUUCAAUUAAGCAUGAAGGAGUGAGAUACCCCUGUAACCAGUGCGAGUUCACUGCCACACGAGCAAAUCAUUUGAAAAGACAUAGAAUAAUUUAACAUAAUGAUUGAGUGGGCUUUGUAAAUAUUGCAAUUUUUAUACUUAGAUCUAAAAUGAGUUUUGAAGAUGAUCAGUGCAAAUGCUAAGGAUUUAAAAAAAGUUUUUAUUUUAUGGUUUAAUAUUAAGUUUCUAGAACAAUAUUUAACAUGUUUCAGAGGGAAUGACAGAGGAGAAAAUGGAAGAAGAAAAAGUAUUUAUCAAGGAAGAAAUAUCUACUGAAGAAGAUUCAUCUACUGUAUAUAUGAAGGAAGAUGAUGUUAAAGUGGAAAUUACAGAAAUACAAGAAAGAAUGGCAGAGAAAAUGAAAGAAGAAAAAGUAUUUAUCAAGGAAGAAAUAUCUACUGAAGAUACAUCUACUGUAUAUUUGAAAGCAGAUGAUGUUAAAGUGGAAAUUACAGAAAUACAAGAAAGAAUGGCAGAGAAUAUGGAAGAAGAGAAAGUAUUUAUCAAGGAAGAAAUAUCUACUGAAGAUACAUCUACUGUAUAUUUGAAGGAAGAUGAUGUUAAAGUGGAAAUUACAGAAAUACAAGAUGGAAUUCUGAACAUCGAAGAAGAUCCGCUUUUUACUCGACCUAAUUGGUUCAGGAAGGGGAAACUUGAAGGAGUUGGGUACCCUUGUGGUAAAUGUGAUUAUGUAGCAACAGAAGCUUCAAAUCUCAAGAGACAUAUUAGAUAUAAACAUGAUGGUGUGAGAUAUCCCUGUGACCAGUGUGAAUACGAGGGUACUACAACAGGAGGUUUAAAGACACAUAUUGAAAGUAAACACGAAGGAGUUAGAUAUCCCUGUAAUAAAUGUGAUUAUGUGGCAACACAUGCUGGAAGUCUGAAGAGACAUGUUGAAAAUAUACAUGAAGGGGUCAGAUACCCUUGUAGGCAAUGCGAUUAUUCUGCCACUACUUUAAAUAACCUGAGGAAGCAUGUUGAAAAAAUACAUGAAGGAGUAAGAUAUCCAUGUUCCCAAUGUGAACAUGAAGCUUCUACAACAAGUGAUUUAAAGAAACACGUUGAAAAUAAACAUGAAGGGGUUAGAUAUCCAUGUGAUCUCUGUGAAUAUGCUGCCACUACAGCGAAUAGUUUAAGGCUACAUGGCAAAAGAAAACAUGAAGAAGUAAAAUAUCCUUGUGACAAGUGUGUUUACGCUGCCUCUUCUACAUGGCAUCUGAAACGACAUAAACAGAGUAAACAUUACCUGUGACUUAGAGAUGGACAUCGUUUUUGUGAACAACUGAAAUUUUUGAGAAGAGUGAAAUUUUUUUUUGAAUGAUUAUAUUAUUUAGAAAAAACGACGCGGACGAAUGUUUUCAAAUCGUUCAAAUGAUCAUGAAAAAAAAAUAAAUAAAUAAAAUGUUUUGAGAAAGAAAACAAUCAAUUUUUACUAAACAAACGAUUUUUAGGACAAACUUUCGAAAAACCUAUCAUAACUUUUUAAUAAGAGAACGAACUAUUUUACUGAAUGACUUGUUUUACUGAACGAUCGUUUAUUGAGAACAUAAAUGAAAUAGAUGAAAAUUGAACUAUAAUUUUGAGAACGAACGAAAUCAAUUUUUUUGAAGGAUUUAAAAAAAUAGCGAACGAAAUGGCUCGUUCACAUAUGAUGAACGAACGAAAUGAAAAAAUUCUGAACGCGCCCAUUUGUACCUGUGACAAGUGUGAAUACUUUAGACUUUUUUACUCUUACGAGAAGUCUAAAACUUUUAUAAAACUGUAAGCAUAACAAGCAUUUAUAAGGAAUUUCUCUUCGUUGAUUUGUUAAUUGAUAAUACUUCUUAAUCAUUGAAUAAUCAUAAUUUUUCGUUGUAAAUUCUUCUUCCACACUAAUGAUAAUUAUAAUUAUCAAUUAACAAUGUUCAGAGGAUUAUUUUUCAGCUAUUCAUCAAUGUUUACUUUACGUUUUAGUUAUUCACAGAUAUUUUCAUUUUGUAAAUUUCCGUUUACAACAUGUCCCUCAUCUCGAAACAACUGAUUUAAAACUCAGAAUUUCUAAAAUCUAUAUUUUUGCAAUCUCACUGUUCACACCUUUCUUAUCUCUAGCUACGACUUUUGGUCUAGCAGAGUUCAUAAUUUGAAAAAUUAAAUGUUUACUAAACAUCGAGAUAUAUUGAUGUAAGGAUUAGAAAAUUAGAGUUUGAGACAAGAUGUUAGUUUAUUGAAUGCAUUUAAAGCACUUGAAAGAAAAGUGAUCAAAGUAGUUUUUAUUUGUCACAACUUUCUGUAUUUCUUCUUCUAUCGAAAUUCAGUAGUGCAUAAUUGAACUAAUGAUCACUUGCGAAAAAAAAAGUUUAAAUUUCUCACACAGAGGAAACCUGAUAUCGUCAUAAAUUAAACAGAUUGUGAAGUGUAAACAACUUGUAUAGUGAGCUUAUAUCAGUGUGUACUUGUUUUCAAUCAUAGUUUUAUCUUUAGUUCUGUUUAGUUAAAACAUGCUUCUUUCA